AUGGCGACUCAGCAGCCGUGGCAGCCUAUACAGAUGCAGCCCAGACAGGGAGUGGAAUGGAUGAAUCCACAGUCCGCCGCAGGUGGACCCCCGGGAAUGGAUUAUUUGGCAGCUUUGGACCAGAUCAUUGUGAAACAACGGAUAGAAUUACUAGAGAUAAUAACUGGCUUUGAGACGAGGAAUAAGUAUGACGUCAUGAACAGUGUGGGCCAGCAGUGCUACUUUGCUCAGGAAGAGUCCGAUUUUUGUGGUAGACAAUGUUGUGGACCAAACAGGGAAUACGUGAUGCACGUUACAGAUAACAAUGGUCAGGAGGUGAUGAGAGUCCGCCAUGACUUUGUCUGCUGCGUUGGAUGUUGCUGGUGUGCAACCGACUCUUCCUGUGGUUAUGAAGUCCAGAUCGAGGCUCCGGUUGGAAAUAUAAUCGGCUACGCCAAACAGCAAACUUCAAAAUGGAAACCCCAUAUCCGAAUUUUUGACGCAAACCGGCAACCAAUGUACGUCAUUCGUGGACCGUGCUGCUGGGGAUGCCAGAAUAUAUGUUGCACAGAUGACAUUGACUUUCCUAUUACGGACUUAACGGAGCAAAAUAUUUUGGGCCGGAUGUUUAAGCGCUGGGCCGGAUGUGGACGUGAAAUGUUCACUGAUGCCGACACAUUCGGAGUCACAUUUCCAAUGGACAUGGCUGUUUCAAGCAAAGCUUUGCUUUUUGGCGCCAUUUUCCUCGUGUUUAUGAAUUAUACCAUUCAGGAAUUACAAAUGACAAAAUUGUCGGAGAAAGGGAUGGAUUCUCCUGCUGUACAGAGUCCAUUCACCAUGAUUUACGACUUCUGUGAUUUUAUCUAA